AUGUCCAGGUCUAUGCAAAGUUUCUGCAAUGGAUGUAAUGUCCACCUCCCUAUCACAGUCAUUCACUCAGGCCCUUUUGCAGGUCCAAAGGUUGUCUCAGCCGAAUUUUCAGGCAUGACUCCUGUGUCCACCCUUAACUCACCUCACCCACGUCACAAGGCAUUGGCCAAAUCUAAACACUUCUCCAAACAACUUGAGAUGGAAAGUACACCACCUGUCACUAAUGGCCCGCCAAGUAUACCACCGUGCAUUAACGACCCACUAUUCAGGUAAAAUUGGCUAGACUUUGGCAAAAGCCCAAUUAGAUUAGUCUGAGUCUGAACUCAUUGAUAUAGAGGAGAAGUUCUUAGAGUCCAUUGUGGAUGUUUUGGAUGGUCAGAACAAACCAGAGUUUGUUGGUGCUGAUGGAGAGGUGAACAUCUCUGUUAACGACACACGUCUGGUGGACCCUUAGGGUGAACCGCUGUUUGGUCCUGAUGAUUUGAGUCAUCCAUGGUCUGCAGAAUGGUACCCUUCCGAUCAUGUGGUGAGAUAUAUCGCUUUAAGAGAGUGCAAGCCUUUGGAGAAACCAAUACGCAAUAAAUUAAGGGCUGAGGCCCACAGUCCCUGAUGAUGUCUGCAAGACUCCCACAGUCGAUCCUAAGAUCAUCCAAUUUCUGGGGAAAACGAGAUGGAAUCCGAGAAAAGACUUAGGUUUCUCUCUUGGACAUCUUGGGCCCUGUAGCCAGGAUAUUUGAAGUGAUCGAAGAUGAUCGGGAGUUAGAUCACGACACUUUGUGCAGUUUAAUCCAAAGAUUAAUUUGUUUGGUGGGAAACGCCAGCAUUGAGGUUGUCACUGAACACUGCAAGCCCAUUUUGCUCAAAAUUUUGUCUAAACUAAUGAAUUUGGCUCACAACGAGCCAAACGCACAAGCCAAAGGGUUGCUUCUUGUGAAGGAAUUAGGCUAAUUUGUCCAUACCAUUACAGCUAUGGAUCAAGUGCAAAUCAAUAUGCGCAAAAUAUUUAACCUGAAAAUGUUUCCUCGGGCUGGAAGAUCCAGGAGCCAUCUAUCCAGCCGUAUGCAGACAGAACCGAGGUUCGUAUUUGGGUUGACCUGGAUAUCUUGAUCAAAGUAACAAGCCAAUCUUCUUCCCACACUGUUGUAGGCCAUGGGUUGGUAGAAGCACACAAGGUGCUCUUUCAGAACGACUCCCUUACGGUAAGUGCAUACAAUCCCCAUUGUUUUCUACUCAUAAUGGGGGACAGACUCACUAAUUUUUCAUGUUUGGUCCUGUAUAACAUCAGAUGCUUGGGUUCUUCAAGCUGUGACAAGUUUAUGCAUAGAUUUCAUGUCUUAGCCUGUACAAUGUGUUCCCCCCAAAUAAAUUGUUUUUUCCCAACAAGACACAGUCGCAGACUGACAUCAAUAUUUCCGUCAGUUCACAUGGCAAGAACAGAAACGGAGUUUCAGGUGCCUUACAUUCAGACUCUCAUUGGCCCCAUGGUGCUUAACCAAGUUCAUUAAACCUGUAGUCGCUCUGCUGAGAAGUCAGGGCGUACAUCUUAUCAUUUACCUGGACGAUAUUCUCAUUCUGGCUCAGUCUGUCCACCUUCUCCAUCUGUCUUGGAUAUUGACCUUACUGCAAAAUCUGGGUUUACUUAUCAACUGGGGAAAAUCCAUCUUGGUGCCCUGACAACAUGUAGAAUAUCUGGGUCUCAUUGAUGAUUCCACUCUUUAUACACUUCACCUUCCAGUAUCAAAAUGAUCGAACAUCAAGAAGGAGAUCAGACACGCACUCGCAGCCACCCAUCUAUAGCAACAUCUAUACAAGCUAUAUUCCCAGGCCCUCUUCAUUACCGGGCUCUUCAACAAUUGCAAGCCUCUUAUCUCAGAAGCGGUGCAUCAUAUGAUGGACUCGGAGACGAAAGACGAACUUUGCUGGUAGCUUCUUCACACGGAGGCAUGGAAUGUAUGCUCUAUAUUCGUCACGACUCUAGAUCUGAUCAUAGAUUCAGACGCAAGCUUUUAAGGUUGGGGUGCGCAUUGCAGAGAUAUUUCCACCGCUGGCAGGCGGUCGGAUGUGGAAUCGACCCUUUACAUCAAUUGUCUAGAACUUCAAGCUGGAUCCUGCGCAGUCCGAAGUUUGUCUCCGACUCACUCUCAGUGCAUGAUCCUUCUGGAGAUGGACAAAGUGUUGGCUGUCAGAUACAUCAUCUAUCUAUGUGGCAUGAAGUCCAAGGUUCUAGCGAACAUGGCACAAGAUUUUUGGGCAUUUUUGCCUCAUGCAAGGCAUCUCAAUGCUUUCCAGCACUGCGGUGGACUGGUACUCUUGUCCCCUUGAGGAUUUCAGUGAUUGGCUUUUGGAUUUCAUGUUUUUUCCAAGGAGUCUGAGAUUUUUGGGGUCCCUUGGAGGUGGAUCUUUUUUCUUCUUGAUUGAAUACUUAGCUUCCCAGCUUUUUCAGUUGGAGACCGAUCUGACAGGCUACGAAUGCUCACAAGAUUGGUCUUCUGCAUGGAAUUAUGCGUUCCCUCUUUCUGUGCAUAUGUGACAUAAUCAGAAUUGCCAAUUUUUAGCCAAUCCAAUGCUUUCCUAUGGGGAAAGCAUUGGAUUGGUUAAAUCGGCAAGGGGGCGGGGCCAAACACCAUUUUGGCCAAUCAGUACCUUCUAAUAGAGAUGCAAUGAAUCAAUGCAUCUCUUUGAGGAAAAUUCAGUAUCCCAUUGCAGAGCGUGGAAAUGCUGAACGGCAAGGCUGCCUACUAAGCAGCACUGAGCAAGGAAGCACCUCCAGUGGCCAUCUAAGGAGUGGCCACUUGGAGGUGUCCCUAGAGGGCAAUGUAAACACUACAUUUUCUCUGAAAAGGCAGUGUUUGCAUGAAAAUGUCUGUAUAUAAUGAUUAUACUCACCAGAACAACUACAUUGAGCUGUAGUUGUUCUGGUGACUAUAGUGUCCCUUUAAAAAUACCAUAUUGUCUUCUGUCUAUCUUGACUUGGGUUCAACUUUGAUUUAUCCAAUGCGGCCUCUCCUUUGGAUUUAUUUUUUCAGGUUUCAUGAAUUUUCAUUCUUUGGCUUAUUUUGUUUUUCCUGUUACCUUCAGGAUUGCAAGAAAGAGGAAGUGAUUUGGUUGAUACCGAAUAUUAUGCUGUGGAAGGGAUGCUAAAUGGUUGUUCCUGUUGCUAG